AUGUUGACACAUGUUUGUUUCAGGCCAGAAUAUAUCAGUGAGCUUGAAAGGGUGAAGACGCUUCAUUUUAACAGCACACUGACCCUGCACAGAAUGCAGAUGUGGCACGCUAUUGGAGAAAAGCUGAACUGGAGUGACUCUGAAGCAGAUGCUCUGAAAGCCAUAAGUGACCGCUGCAUGGGUCUUUGUUCACACAUAAAACAGCUUCAACAGGAGUCCAAAAAACUUCAAGAUGAGGUUACAGAAAUACAGAAGAACAGACUUGAGAUGAAACGGCUCACGCAUGAGAAGAUCAAACACAUGGAGGAGUCUUCAAAGAAAGAGUAUCCAGACAUGGAAAAGUACAAAGCUGCGUUGGAGAAAGGCCAAGCAAACCUGGAAAAAUAUAAAAAGAUGGCCAUCAUGACCCAAAAUGUCCUCAGGGGCAUUCUCUUGGCCUGUAAAGUCAACUGGCUUGAUGAUCCCAAACUUCGAGACAUCGCCAUGACACUCGAGGAGUUUCCCAUCUCUGAGUAAAGAUGGAGUGUGUGUGAGUGUGUGUGAGAGUGUGUGUGACAAACAAACUGUUUCAAAAACAGUUUUAGUUUCAUCUUGAAAAAGUAAAAGCAAUGCCGCCAGAUCGCCACCAGAGGGCGCGGAGGAAGCGAGCCAACAGAUGAAACCUGCAGCUCAGCGUGACACUGAAGAAGAGAGAGUAGCACAGAGGAAGGGCUACACGUGUUUACAAAGUCUAGCCAGCCUUACUCUGGAUAAUUACUUACAAUUUGGAUUUUUGUAGCUCUUUAAGCAGGACAAAAUAAAGUAAAAUGCCGAAGGUCAAAGCGGUGAAGAAAAGCAGACAGCACCAAGAGGUCAAAAACCAAGGUACGUUUCUGAACGGGGUCCGUUAGCAUUAGCAUGUUAGCAUGCCAGACUUUAGAGACGGGGUCCAUCAUCGUGUCUGUGCAGUGUUUGCAUAUUUAGCUGGUGUAUCGCUGUUUUAGCAGUCACAGCAUUUAACAUGAACCACUGCUGUGACUGUCGUCACUUGUGUUGACGUGGAAACGUUUCGGUGACUCCAACCCACCAGCUACAUCAAUUAAAAGGUUUCUUUUGAAAGUUUUUUUUUUCCUGCAAAUUGUUCAUUUGUGCUAACUGCGAUAUUUAGUCCAGCUGCUUCCGCUGUUAUUUUCUGUAUGCAUUGUUUAGGAGGUGAACAAAUGACGUAAACACAAAUUUGUUUAUGGUUAAUCAAGAUCAGAGAAACAUAACUGACUGUAACAGUUCUAACAUGUAGAUCUAUUACUACUGUUUUGCAACAUUAUGAAUGUAAAUAUACCCCAAAGAGGCUUAUGUAUGAAGAAAUGUUGAAAGUCAUUCCUGAUACGUAAAUAAAUGUCUUUUGUCAUUAUGUUAAAA